AUGCGCAUGCAGGGCGCGGGCAAGAUGAUGGGUGGCGUGGCCUUUGAUGGGCCGGUGCCACCGCCCUUGCGAGAGGGUGGCCCUCCGAAUGGAGGCGCAGCCCUUUUGCAGCAGAAAAUGACGAGGCAGCGGCAGCUGGCGUUAGAGAAGCAGCGGAUCUCUGCAAGGAAGCAGCUGGGCGCCGGUGUCAUCGCCAGCGCCUCGCCCAUGCAGAGCACACCCUUUAGGGCCAAGGACUGGGAUCAGGUCUUACCGGAUGUGCUGAGCCUUUCCCCACCUCUGAAAGACUCGAGGUCUGAACACAAGACAGCUCCAAGUACGCCAAUCGAGGAGGUCGAGCGGCCAGAGCCGGUGAAGACAGGCAAACCGGAAGGCUUGGACGACGCCUUGGAUGGCCUCGCUGAGGAGUUGCUGCUGGACGAGCGGCUUCCCGCACCGAAACGCCUGGACCUGGCGUCGGGUGGCUCCCUUCCUUCCAGGGCUGGAGAUGCGAACAGGGGCAAGCCCUUACCGGGCGCGCCCGGAGCCGCUGGUGCUGGUGCCUGGGGCGAUCCGAAGGCGCGGCAAAGCGUACAAAGCCUGGCAGGCAUCGAAGAGGACAAUCUCUACGAAGCCUCCUUUGAGCUGCCGCACUUCCGGGGUGAGGUGGGCGCAGGCAUGCGAAGAAAGCAGCAGACCUUCAUCCUCGAGGAUGGAGUUGAGGCCGAUGGGCCACCCAGCAACCUCACGCCUAACCUGGCGCGUGUCGCACGGGCACCGGCGGCCUCGGUCGCCUCGGCGGCUGCGCCGGGGAAGAGUUGGGACUUGACCAUCGAGGUGACCGAUGCGAAGACCGAGGUGAGAGACCGGCGCCCGCGGGCUGAGGGCCGCUCCUGGUGGCCGUUUGGCGGCAGCUCCGGCGCCGCGGAGGUGCGCAGCGAGACGAAGGAGGAGGUGACCGCGAUUUCCUCCUUCAGCUUUGAUUGAGGGCGGCCUCGCUUCAGAGGUCGCCAGCAGCGCCGUUGUGACGCCUUGUGGUUCUCAGACUGGAUGUAGACAACCCCAACCCCAGACACUGGCAC